GCACUAAACUAAAGUCAGCGAGCCCUUUCGAAUUUCGUUUUAGUAUGAUUGAUCUGUGUCAGUGGAGAGCUAGAAUAGGUUCUUGGGGCUAUCACCAGUGGUCAAAAUCUUGUGACUAUCCUACUGGUACAACCAAAGAACUCAGCGGAAUAUCAUGUAGAUGUACUUCGAGUUCUACACUCAUUUUAUCUAUUUUCAUUUCGAUUGCCCUCCUCCUCUUCAUAUCAGGAGAUGUGGAACUUAAUCCUGGACCCACUCUUACAGACCAGCCAACAAAAGAGGAAUUGGUUGAGUUAUUGAGUAGCUCAAAGUUUAUUGCUGGUACUUGGGAACAGUUUAUUUGUUAUCUUCCUAACGUGACACAAGAUUUCAUUGUUGGUAUUAAGCAAAACGCGAAGGAGAACGAGGUCAGUCCUAACAGCAUUGAUGCUGUAGCUCAACAUUGUCAAAAUAUUCCUGAUAUAACAUGGAGAAGUAUCUGUAUUGCUUUACUGAGUUCCAAUGAAGUUACUUUAGCUCGACAAAUCUUUGAAAAGCAUUCUAGAACAAGUAAAAGCACAUGUAAAACGAUAAAGGAUGUAAUGAGAAGUCACUAUUGCAAGUUGAAGGAAGCCACAGAGAAUUGCCUUCAAAAAAUAGCUGACAAAAUGUACAGCGAAGGCCUAAUUAAUAGAGAAGUUCGCGACAUGCCUACCUUUGAAAAAAUAGAACUUGAUUUUUUGUCGCUGAUUUCUGUGCACAUAGAAGAUGUUUCUAUUCUUGAAGAAAAAUGUCAAUUAUUUUUAUCAUGUCUUGCUAUUGCAGAAGGACCAGCUAGAGAGGAAGCACUUGCUCUUGCUGAAGAUUGGCAACAGGAGGUGUUCAAAAACCAUCACGUAUCAUUUACACUGUUGAUAUACCAAAAAACGAAGCAUUCAUCUGCUACAGAAAUUGAGUUCAGAUCUGAUCAUACAAUAUCUUUACAACUUCAGAAUCUCCUCAAAAAGUUUCCAGGACUAGUGAGAGAUAUUAGGAAGUUUUAUGCAACCAGUAAAGAAUAUGACAUGAUAGAUGUUGCCCGCUGGAUAGAAGAAAGUUAUGAAGUGACUGGUCUUGUUCAUGAUGGCACAACAGUAGACGAAAUUUUUAAUGUUUUGCAACCUCAUUAUAACUUUUUGUGUAUUGAUCCGUUAUCUGAUCUUAUGGAAGAGUACCCUAUCAAUGAUCAGAAUGUGUUGUUCAAGUAUCGUCAAUAUACCGAAUGUUUAGAAAGUUUUACAGAUUCUGCUAAGAUUAGUGAAGUAAUGACUAGUAUUGAAGCUGCGUUGACUGAAGAGGGUUCUAGAACUGAUCCCAAAGUUGUUUUGAAGCUUUCAGGAAAAUGGACCGAUAGAACCAUAAAAAAUCUUCAAAAGUUGAUGGAAUACUUUUUCCCUGAUGAAGCAAAGUAUCUUAGAAUUAAAAAAAUACGAACUGGAUCAUUAGAGAUUCAUUUUUUGGCCGCCUCUUAUAAAGUCAUUGAUUCUCUACUUGCCAAAGCACAAGAUAAAGUUAAGUUCAUGUGUCACUUUGGUAUAUUUCAACUUACCAUUAACAACCAAACCAUCAUUAAUGGGGUGGAAGAUGUGAACUUUAGUUUCAACGAAUCACUUCUACAUGUUAUUAGUGACCAAGAUGAAGAGUAUAAGAAAAUGGCAUUACUUCUUCUGCAGUUUGACAUAAAUGUUAACUAUCGAAAUAGUUCAGGGAACACUGCAUUAACACUUGCUUCCAGUGGUAAACAUCACCAAGUUGUGGACAUCUUGCUAAGUAUGAGCCCAGAUAUCAACAUUCGAAAUAACAAAGGAGUCACUGCUUUGAUGAUUGCUUCUUAUUAUGGGAACAGCCAAAUUGUUGAGCUUUUGCUGAGAAAUGGUCCUGAUAUUAAUGUUUGUGAAUUUAAAGGAUGGACUGCUUUAAUGUUUGCCUGUCAAGAUGGAUAUUGUGACGUUGUUAAACUUCUACUCAGUGAGAAUCCAGAUGUUGAUAUCCAAAAUGAUAAAGGAGAAACAGCAUUGUUUAUUGCUUGUGAUAAUGGACAUUGCCAAGUUGUUGAAGUUUUGCUUCAUGCGAAUCCUGAUGUUAACAUUGCUACUAAUGAUGGAUGGACAGCUUUGAUGUUGAGCUGUUGUAAAGGUUAUCAUAAAAUUGUGGACCUCUUACUUAGAUGGAAUGCUGAUACCAGUAAUAAAGAUAAAGAAGGAUGGGAUUCUUUUAAUCUUGCUUGUUAUUAUGGACAUUGCCAGGUUGUUGAAGUUUUGCUAGGUAACGUUAGAGCUAUUGAUGAUCAAGAUAACAAUGGGUAUAAUAUUUUUAUGAACACUAAAAGCAAAGAUGGAUGGACUUCUUUGAUGCUUGCUUGUCACAAUGGGCAUUAUCAAGUUGUUCAACUCCUACUGGAUGCAGAGCUAGACAUUAAUGCUCAAGUCAAAGAGAAGGGGUGGACUGCUUUGAUGAUUGCUUGUGCCAAUGGGCACUAUCAGGCUGUUAGCCUUCUGUUAAGUAAGCAUCCAAAUAUUAAUACACAAGACAAAAAUGGAUGGACUGCUUUGAUGCUUGCUUGCAACAAUGGUCAUUUUAGUGUUGUUGAACUUUUGUUAAAUGAAGAUGUCAAUAUUAACAUUCAACACAGUGACGGAAGGACAGCACUUGCAUUUGCAUUACAAAAAUCCAGUCAAACAACAAAUUAUUUGAAUAGUGUGGAGCGCUUACUUAAUAGUCAUCCUAAUCAUAUGCACCAAAUCAAAAAUUUCACUGUUCAUUCAGUAGUACUAGCAGCUAUUUAUUGUAAUACUGAUGCUGUAGAGAUCAUCAUGAAGAACUGUGAAGUCUCCCAGGAGCAUUACACACAUGCUUUUGUGACUGCUUGUUAUAGUGGUUGUUCUCCAGUGAUGAACUUGCUAUCAGACAAAAUAACAAGUAUAAUUAAUGAGAGAGAGCUAUUAAUAGCUGCUGUGGAAGGAGACUUAGGAUUAUUAGUUAGUAUGUUAUUUGAAGUGGGCAUGAGUCCAGAUACUCCAUUAGUAGGUGGUAUAACUCCAAUGAUGAUAGCAGCUUCAUGUGGACACACUGAAAUUGUCGAGACACUGAUACAAGCUGGUGCUGAUGUUAACAAAACUAAUGAUAAGGGUUUAACUGUACUAGACAUAUUGCUUAACAAGGAAGAAGAUUUUGUCACAAAUUCUAUUUUAAACUUAUUAAUUUCAACAACAGGCAAAGUGAAACCAUUUUCUGCUACUCAACCUCAACCCAUAUCUACAUCAAGAGGCGAUAUAUCAAGUAAUAUCAGUUUGAUGCGAUCAAUAAUUGACUCUGAAGAAAAUCCAAUUCAAUUUCAUUCAGAUUUAUUAAAGAGUCCAGCGCAUAGGAAAUCGGAGGAUGGAAAUGAAGGCAUCGCCGAAGAUACACAGAAUACUAGACACAUUAUGUAGCUAAUUAUAAUUGAUAGGAACAUAACACUGUUGCUUUGUUUUUUAGAUUUUCUACCAUUUUUAAAGCAAAA